AUGUCUACCAAUCCUCUUCGACUUGGAUUCAUUGCUGGAGUCAUUGUCCGAGAGCGCAUUCCGCUCUUUGAGAGAAUUCUCUGGCGAGCCUACCGAGGAAAUGUAUUUUUGCGUCACAUCGAAAUCGAUACACCCCUGAAAGACCCUGUUACUGGACAUGAAGUUCACAAGUCCGUCUUUAUCAUCUUUUUCCAAGGUGAACAACUCAGAAGCCGCACAAAGAAAAUCUGCGAGCCGCUCAAAGCCUCGAUCUAUCCCUGCCCGGAAAACCCUCAAGAGCGCCGCGAAGUCGCUAUGAACGUCAUGACCCGUAUCCAAGACCUCGAUCAAGUUCUGAAAACGACGAACGAACAGCGAAACCGCAUCCUCGCCCAGGUCGCGCGAAACAUUCGAGUAUGGUUCAUCAAGGUUCGAAAAGUCGCUGCGAUUUACCUCUCACUGCAUAUGUUCUCCGUUGAUCUUGGCCAACGAUGCCUGAUUGGCGAAAUCUGGUGCCCAGUAGCUGAGAUUGAUCGGAUUCAACUAGCCUUCCGUCGUGGAACUGAGCGCUGUGGAGCUUCUGUCAACUCCAUUCUACACCGAAUCAAGACGAACAUGACCCCUCCGACAUAUUUCCGCACGGACAAAUUCACCACCGGUUUUCAGGCCAUCAUCGAAGCCUAUGGCGUAGCUGACUACCGCGAAAUUAACCCUGCUUUCUUUACCAUCAUCUCCUUCCCGUUCCUCUACGGAGUUAUGCUCGGCGACAUGGGUCACGGAAUCAUCAUGGCUUUGGAUGCAACGACUUCUGGCAGCGCUCCUUCCUUGUUGAUCAAUCUUAUUGGCAUGUUCAUGUUAAAGACUCCAACGAAGCAGGACAACACAUGGGUCUACGGUUCCCUGAAUGCUGAUGGAGAGGCGACAGCGCAAGGAUUGGUCCAAAAGUUCUUGCUUUUCAUCGCUUUUGCCAGCUUGCCAGUUAUGCUCUGUGCCAAGCCGUACAUCAAGUACAAAGAGUGGAAGGACCGACAAAAUCGGAGCACUGCUUACUUUGGCGGCGUUCGAGUUGAAAUCGAGGGCAACGACGAUACAGAAGGAAUCCUCGACGGAGACGAGCUCGCGCAAGAAAACACUCAAGAACAGCCUCAAGAAGAAGUUGAGGAGUUCGAUAUCGGCGGAAUGGCAUUGCCAUUCAUGCAUGUAAAAUUUUUACAGAUUAUUCACACGAUCGAAUUCGCGCUUGGUUGCAUUUCGCACACUGCUUCUUACCUUCGUCUCUGGGCCCUGUCCUUGGCUCACGCUGAGUUGUCGGAAGUCCUUUGGAACAUGGUUUUGAAAAUGGGUCUUUCUAUGUCUAGCUCUGGCUCUGUCGGUGCGAUCAUGAGCUAUUUGGUUUUCUGGGCUUUUGCUUGUCUUUCUGUUAGUAUUCUCCUUUGCAUGGAAGGUCUUUCUGCAUUCUUGCACGCGAUGCGUCUCCACUGGGUCGAGUUCAGCGACAAGUUCUACCACGGAGAAGGAAUCAUCUUCAAACCUUUCUACUUCCAGUCAAUUUUGUGCGGCGAAGAGUAG